AUGGCCAACGAAACAUUGUCUGGAUAUUGUCCGACUCCUUUCCUCCAGGAGUCACUGUUCCCAUCGAAAGGUGGAUUCAUUGAUGGACGGUUUUGUGAGGAGCUUACCACAGAGCAUGGCAAGGUCUCUUGCUGUCUUCCAUGCCCAUUGGCAGAAUGGACCUAUGGCGAAAAAUUGAUCUCCCAAACCAAGGUCGCAAGUUGGCUUGGUGUCGCUACAUUGCCCCUGUGCAUUUUCCUCCUGGUAUCAUUCGCCGUGCUGCCCCCGAAAUGGACGCAUCGUCAUUAUUUGAGCAUCUGCUUCACCCUGGGAAUCUGCUGUAUGGAGAUCGCCUUCAUCAUCCCGCUAGGAGUCAAGCCAGAGCAAUGCUACAACCAAAUCACCCCCAAUGACAUGCACACCGACUUGUCAUGCGCCUUUACCGGUUCCCUACUCCUCUUCGGAGGCUGGGUAUGCGUCGUAUUCAGUUUCAUCCGCACACUAGCCUUCCACCUUCAAGUCUGCUGGGAAAUCAUGCUCGGCCCGAAAUUCAUGUGGACAGCACUCAUCCUAGGCUGGGGUAUUCCCGCCGUCGGUCUGACUGAGAUGCUCAUCCUUACUGGAGUAUCCUACCGCUUCGGCACCGUCUGCCACAUCAACGUCCACGACAGCAACAGAGACUACUGGGCGCCCGUCGUUGCAUUCGCCGGAGCAUCCCUCUUCCUCCAAUUCGCCACCCUCGUCUACUGCAUCUACAUCUACGUCAAAUCCAUAUAUGACGAGGAAACCUCCACCACCAGCUCCGGUCUUCCUUCCUACUCCGCCAGUGUCCGCACCGUCACAGCCCGUCAAGCCUACCGUCGCGUCCGCCGCGUCCUGCAACUCCAAUGGCGCGGUGUCGCCCUAGUCCUCGUCAUCUUGACCAACGUCAUCUUCUUCGCCGUCGUCUUCAUAAAAAUGGAUAACCAUCUCACCUCCACCGUCGCUAAUAUAAAACUCGCCACCCCCUGGCUCACCUGUCUCGUCGAAACUAAAGGCAACGUCCAGAAAUGCUACAGUGAAGCCGAAGCUAUCGUCCCGAACAAAGCCACCCUCCUCGCUGUCCUGAUUCUACUGGCGACGGUCGGCUUCUGGAACUUCGUCCUAUACGCCCGUCCUUCUAUCUUCGUCGGUUGGGGCGAAUUCUUCAAAGCCCGUGUUACGCAGCCUAACGAGUUCGUCUCUGUCGAUGCGCGCAGAGGAACGCCGGAUCCUCGCGCUUACGAGAUGAUCUCCGGAUCGAGUCUGCCCCCGUAUAAGACCCCUGAGCCAGUUGUGCGGUCUCCGAGUCCCGCACGGACGAUGGGUGCCCGUAGCCCGGAAGCCAAAGGCGGGCAGCACUAUGGUCGCGAGGCUCGUUAUGUACGGCCUUCGAUGAGUUUCUCGUCUCCGAGACCGCCUAGUGCGACGCAGAAUGGCACGGAACGUGAAUGGGACCCAGAAGCUACGUUUGCUAAAAGCCAUUCACAGAAGGGGUCGAUAUGA